AACAUGGACGGCCUCCUUCUGGAUACGAAGCGGUUCUACUCCAUGUGUGAGGAAAUCUGCAGUUGCUACGGGAAGAAGUACAGCUGGGAUGUGAAGUCCCUGGUGAUGGUCAACAAGGCGCUGGAGGCAGCCCAGGUCAUCAUAGACCCCGUUCAGCUCCCAAUGUCCAAAGAGGAGCUGGUGGAGGUCAGCCAGGCGAAGCUGAAGGUCUUCCCCGCGGCCGCUCUCAUGGAGAAGCUGAUCCGGCUCCUGCGGAAGCACGACAUGCCGUGCGCCGUGGCCACCAGCUCAGGGACCGCGUCCUUCCAGAUGAAGACCAGCAGGCACGAGGACUUCUUCAGCCUCUUCCGUCACAUCGUGCUGGGCGACGAUCCCGAGGUGAAGAUCUGGAAGCCCGAGCCGGACAUCUUCCUGGCCUGUGCGGGCCUGUUUUCUUCCGCUCCUCCCGCGGACAAGUGCCUGGUUCUCGAAGAUGCGCCCAACGGGGUGGACGCGGCCCUCGCUGCUGUGCAGAUGGUCAUGGUCCCGGACAGAAACCUAAACCGAGACCUGACCACCAAGGCCACCCUUGUCUUGGAUUCCCUGCAGGAUUUCCUGCCUGAGCUGUUUGGCCUGCUGCCCUAGAGUGAGAGGCCACCGGGGCCCCGCCAGGAGUCGGCCGGAGGGAAGCCCAGAAAGCUGGAGUGAAGCCCAGCGCCCAGACCUCCACCGGAACCGGCCUUCAGCCUCCAAGCCUUCUCAGCCCAGGAGGGCCUGGCCCACACUCUCAACGGGGGCCGCAAACCCUCACUUGACACAGAGAAAGUAAACACAGCCCAGAACACAGAUGGAAAUUGUCACUCAAAUAACCAUAUUUAGUAUCUGAAUAAUUUAGGUUCACAUCUUUUUCUUCUU